GUCUGCCACGGCGACGACCAUUUCGCAAUUUGCGCAGCUCCCCGGAACACGGCGCAACAUGCAGCAAUUCCGAGCGCUUCUCACCCUCCUGCUGCUAGCCAUGGGAGCCCAUGCACUCUGCCACUGCAAGCGAACAAGCCGCAGCCGCUCUAUGGUGCAUGCGACGCCAACCAUCGAUACAUCAUUACUGCCGCCGUCGCUUGACUGGUGUGAGCGUGGUUUCUGCACACCGUCAUGGAACCAGCACGUGCCCGCGUACUGUGGUGCUUGCUACCUUCACGGUACACUCUCCGCUGUGCAGGACCGGAUCAAGAUCCUGCAUCACAAGCGCGGGUUCACGGGCCCAGAUGUCAUGCUCGGGCGUCAGAGCUUCCUUAAUUGCGCACCGGGACAUGGCUUUUCCGACGGCUGCAACGGCGGCGAGCCGACCGACGUGUACGAAUUCAUGCGCAACUAUGGCCUGCCAGACGAGACGUGCCUGCCGUACAACGCGACGGACCACACCAAAUACACAUGGACGAACGGAACAUGCCCUCCCGAAGGCUAUUGCAUCGAUUGCAUGUAUACGAACGAGAGUCCGAGCACGCCAGUGUGCUUCCCUGUGACCAAGGUGAUUCGGUACCGGGCUACGUCGUUCGGGUCGUUUGCGGGGGAAGACGCAAUGCUUCGGGAGCUUCAGAACGGGCCGAUCACAUGCGCGAUUGCUGCCAACGUCGACUUUACAACAAACUACACGCGCGGCGUGUACAAGGAUCACACCAACUUCACGGACCUGGACCAUGACGUUGAGAUUGUCGGGUACGGCGUCGACGUGGCAACAGGUCUUAAGUUUUGGCACGCGCGCAACUCGUGGGGCACCUACUGGGGCGAGAACGGUUUUUUCAAAAUCGUGCGUGGCAUUAACAACCUCGGCAUCGAAGCCGACUGCUCGUACGCCGUGCCGGACAUUGCGAUGGAAGACCUCGUCUGGCGCCGCAAUGCAACAUAUGGCGGGUCUAUCUACGGGCUCCGGCAAUUUUCGUCGACGAGCACAGCAGACACAUUGCUGGUCCGCGACUCGACUGACGACAUCACGGUCAAUGCAUCGCGCUUGGCCGCGUCAGGCUCGGCAGCGACGCCAUCUUCGAUGAUGUCACUGUCACCUCUUCAACUUUACUGUGUGCUCUUCGCCACCACGCUGCUCGCCGGUGUUCUCCUCGGCCGUAUCUCAACCCGAGGUCGUAAACAAGAUUAUGUGCCGCUAGCGUGAUCAUCAAGUUGAUAAUGACAGCGCCACACCGAGUAUAUGAUUGC